CACCUGCUCGGUAGUACGCAUCCCGUACAGUACCUGCGUAGUAGCACACACCCUGUACAACACCUGCUUGGCAGUACCUACUUUGUACAACACCUGCUUGGCAGUACGUACUUCGUACAACACAUGCUCGGCAGUACGUACUUCGUACAACACCUGCUUGGCAGUACCUACUUUGUACAACACCUGCUUGGCAGUACGUACUUCGUACAGCACCUGCUCGGCAGUGUGUAUUUUGCACAACACCUGCUUGGCAGUCCACGCCCCAUACGACGCCUGCUCGGC